AUCUCGUUCUCUCUAACUCUCGCGCGAUUUUCUCCUUUCCUCCUCUUUCACUCCCUGUAGCCAACAUGGCAGUCGGCAAGAAUAAGAGGCUGACCAAAGGCGGCAAAAAGGGUGCCAAAAAGAAGAUUGUGGACCCUUUCUCCAAGAAGGACUGGUACGAUGUCAAGGCGCCAGCCAUGUUCAUCAUUCGCAAUCUUGGCAAGACCUUGGUCACCAGGACUCAGGGAACCAGAAUCGCCUCAGACGGUCUGAAGGGUCGUGUGUUCGAAGUGAGCCUUGCCGACCUGCAAAACGACGAGGUGGCCUUCCGCAAGUUCAAGCUGAUCACGGAGGACGUGCAGGGCAAGAACUGCCUCACCAACUUCCACGGCAUGGACCUGACCCGUGACAAGAUGUGUUCUAUGGUCAAGAAGUGGCAGACCAUGAUCGAGGCCCACGUGGACGUGAAGACCACGGACGGCUACCUCCUGCGUCUCUUUUGCGUGGGCUUCACCAAGAAGCGCACCAACCAGAUCCGCAAGACCUCGUACGCCCAGCACCAGCAGGUGCGCCAGAUCCGCAAGAAGAUGGUGGAGAUCAUGACCCGCGAGGUGCAGACCAACGACCUGAAGGAGGUCGUGAACAAGCUGAUCCCUGACAGCGUUGGCAAGGACAUUGAAAAGGCCUGCCAGUCCAUUUACCCCCUUCACGAUGUCUACGUCCGCAAGGUCAAAAUGCUGAAGAAGCCCAAGUUUGAACUGGGCAAACUGAUGGAGCUCCACGGCGAGGGCAGUUCAAGCAGCGCUGCCAAAGGAUCCGGAGAUGACACCGGAGCCAAGGUAGAGAGGGCCGACGGUUAUGAGCCCCCCAUCCAGGAGACCGUCUAAAAAUAAAUGCCCUGACAGAUUUAAUAAUUAAAAAAUGUAAAUGACCAACCUU